CUCUCUCUUCGCUGCGGUGUCCAACACACGCCCCCUCACGACCAGCAGUCAUUAGAGCGAAAGAGAGAAAGAUGAAGUCGACCGCUGUCUGCUGCUCGUUGCUGGUGGCUGGGGCCAGCGCCUUCACCGGGCCCUUGCCCAGCGGCUCCUGGGUGAAGCCCGUCACCCCGACGAGCAACGCCAGGUCGCCAUGGGCGGUCAGCGCUCCGCGUGCUGCCACCACCGCUGCUGCCUCUGGACGGACGGCGCUUUCGAUGGGCGUGCACAUGGAGUUUGAGACGAAGGUGUUCGAGAAGCAGCGCAUCGCCCUGGGGGGGACCGAGGAGGACGUCGUCAAGGGAGGCCGCGACCUGUUCGAGCUCUUGCCGACGGCCUUCGAAGGCAUCGAGAAGAUCGGGGUGGUGGGAUGGGGGUCGCAGGCGCCCGCACAGGCGCAGAACAUCCGGGACUCGCUGGAGGCGGCGGGCGUCGACAUCCCGGUCAAGAUCGGGCUCAGGGAGGGGUCGGCUUCCUACAAGCUGGCGCAGAACGUUGGCUUCUCGGAGGACAACGGAACGCUCGGAGAGAUGUACGAGACGAUCGAGGAGAGCGACCUGGUGAUCCUGCUCAUCUCCGACUCCGCCAUGGCCUCCAACCACGAGAAGGUCUUCUCCAAGCUGAAGAAGGGCGCUACCCUUGGACUGUCCCACGGUUUCUUGCUGGGACACCUGGACGCCCUCGGGAAGAAGUUCCCCGACGACAUCAACGUCGUGGCCGUGUGCCCCAAGGGCAUGGGGCCCUCGGUCCGCCGGCUGUACGAGCAGGGCAAGACCGUUAACGGCUCCGGCAUCAACGCUUCCUUCGCCGUGCACCAGGACGUGACCGGCAAGGCCACGGACAUCGCUCUGGGCUGGUCGAUCGCCCUCGGCUCCCCCUUCUCCUUCCCCACCACCCUGACCGACGAGUACCGCAGCGACAUCUACGGAGAACGCGGCAUCCUCCUGGGGGCCGUGCACGGCAUCAUCGAGACCCUGUUCCGCCGCUUCGUCAAGCAGGGCAUGAGCCCCGAGGAGGCCUUCAAGCAGUCCUCCGAGUCCAUCACGGGCCCCAUCACCAAGGGCAUCAGCAAGAUGGGCAUCCUCAAGCUGUACGAGAGCCUCGACCAGGCCGGAAAGGACGAGUUUAAGUCGGUCUACUCGGCAUGCUACGCUCCCGCGAAGGAGAUCAUGCAGGAGUGCUACAACGAGGUCCGCAGCGGCAACGAGAUCCGCUCCGUGGUGAUGCAGGGGGCGCGCCUGAACGACAUCAACACCGGAAAGAUCGACGGAACCUUCACCUGGAAGGUGGGAGAGCAGGUCCGGGCGGACCGCGUGGAGGAGGAGAUCCCCCUCAACCCCUUCACCGCGGGCGUCUACGUGGCGACGAUGAUGGCCCAGAUCGACGUCCUGAAGGAGGGAGGCCACUCGUACACCGAGAUCGUGAACGAAUCCGUCAUCGAGGCCGUCGACUCGUUGUGCCCGUACAUGCACUACAAGGGUGUGGCCUUCAUGGUGGACAACUGCUCCAUCACCGCUCGCCUGGGGUCCCGGAAGUGGGCACCCCGUUUCGACUACAUCCUGGAGCAGUUGGCGUACACCGCGGUCGACAACGGGUCGGCUGUAGACGACAGCCUCAUCUCCGACUUCUUGGAGAACCCGGUACACGACGCCAUCAGGGUUUGCAGCGAAUUGAGGCCAGCGGUUGACAUCUCGUGCGCCGCUCCUUCCACCGUCAAGGAGAUCGCUCUUGCCUAA